GGGAGGCCCUGUUAAUGACAUAGAGGGGAGUUGCCCGGGCCAGACCAGACGCACCAAUACACCCUGCCAAGCAACAUAGUCCUGUCGAAUUAAACCCUCUCCUGUCCCGCAUCACCAAAAUACCCGCCGCGGCCUAGAAAACGUCUAAAUCAGACAGCAUAAGGCAGCAUGGUGUACCAUCCUGAGUUUGAGAAGGCUGGCCAGCAGGCGGGCCUGCAGGUGUGGAGGAUUGAGAAGUUUGACCUGGUGGCCGUGCCAGAGAACCUGUAUGGAAGCUUCUACACGGGAGAUGCCUACCUGGUCCUCAACACCAUCAAGCAGCGCUCCGGGAACCUGCAGUAUGACCUGCACUUCUGGCUGGGCGAUUUCUGCACCCAGGAUGAGAGUGGAGCAGCAGCCAUCUUCACAGUCCAGAUGGAUGACUAUCUGGGGGGUAAACCCAUCCAGUACCGUGAGGUCCAGGGACAUGAGUCCAAAGUAUUCCUGGGUUACUUCAAGGCUGGACUGAAGUACUUGAAAGGAGGUGUGGCAUCUGGGUUCAAACAUGUGGUCACCAACGAGGUGGUUAUGCAGCGGGUGCUGCAGGUCAAAGGUCGCCGUGUUGUCAGGGCAACGGAGGUGCCUGUCAGCUGGGACAGCUUCAACCAGGGAGACUGCUUCAUCCUGGACCUGGGAAGCGAGAUCUACCAGUGGUGUGGCUCCCAGAGCAACCGCUUUGAGAAGCUGAAGGCCACCCAGGUUGCCAAGGGUAUCCGUGACAACGAGCGCAGUGGGCGAGCCCGCGUGUACGUGUGUGACGAGGGGGCGGAGAGAGACAAGAUGAUAGAGGUUCUGGGAGAUAAAUCAGACCUGCCUGAAGGAUCCUCUGAUGACAUCAAAGCAGAUGCCUCAAACAGGAAAAUGGCCAAACUGUACAAGGUGUCCAAUGGCAGUGGAGACAUGACCAUGUCCAUGGUGGCAGCAGAGAACCCAUUCUCCCAGAGUGCACUGGAGUCCAGCGACUGCUUCAUCCUGGAUCAUGGCUCUGAUGGCAAGAUCUUCGUCUGGAAAGGCAAAGAAGCCAACCUGGAGGAGCGUAAGGCAGCUAUGAAAGCAGCAGAUGAGUUCAUCAAGAAGAUGGGCUACCCCAAACACACCCAGGUGCAGAUCCUGCCGGAGAUGGGAGAGACGCCGCUCUUCAAGCAGUUCUUCAAGAACUGGCGUGACAAGGACCAGACAGAGGGCCUGGGCGUGGCCUAUGUCUCCAACAGCAUCGCCAAGAUAGCGAAGGUGUCCUUCGAUGCCGCCACGCUCCACGACUCCCCUGCCAUGGCUGCCCAGCACGGCAUGGUGGACGGGGGCAACGGAGAGAAGCAGAUCUGGCGUAUUGAGGGAUCGGACAAGGUGGAAGUGGACCCCUCCACACACGGACAAUUCUAUGGGGGAGACAGUUACAUCAUCCUCUACAACUAUCACCAUGGAGGACGCCAAGGGCACAUUAUCUACAUGUGGCAGGGAAGUGAUUCUUCCCAGGACGAAAUUGGUGCUUCAGCCAUCUUGGGUGCCCAGUUGGACGAUGAGCUUGGUGGUGGGCCUGUGCAGGUUGCUGGGGCUCCUAUUACCACCCAGGUGAGAGUAGUCCAGGGCAAGGAGCCAGCUCACCUCAUGAGCCUGUUCAGGGGGCAGCCCAUGGUGGUGUACAAGGGAGGUACGUCCAGAGACGGGGGUCAGUCCGCUCCUGCAGAAACACGACUCUUCCAGGUGCGCUCCAACUCUGCAGGGUGCACAAGAGCAGUGGAGGUUGAUGCUGUGUCCUCCAACCUGAACUCCAACGACACCUUCCUCCUGGUGACCCCAGCAGCCUCGUUCAUGUGGGUGGGCCAGGGGGCCAGUGACACUGAGAAAAAUGGCACCCAGCAGCUCUGUGACAUUCUGGGGGUGUCCUCCUCAGAACUGUCUGAGGGUGGAGAGACUGAUGACUUCUGGGAGGCUCUGGGAGGGAAGGCAGCAUACCGCACCUCCUCCAGACUGAGAAGCAAGGACAAGAUGGACGCCCAUCCACCCAGGCUCUUUGCCUGCUCCAACAAAACCGGAAACUUCAUUAUUGAGGAGGUACCUGGGGAGAUGACCCAAGAGGAUCUGGCUACCGAUGAUGUCAUGAUCAUGGACACAUGGGAUCAGGUGUUUGUCUGGAUCGGGAAUGAAGCCCAUGAAGAGGAGAAGACUGAGGCUAUGACCUCCGCUGUGCGUUACAUUGAGUCAGACCCUGCCAACCGUGACCGCAGGACGCCCAUCGUGAAGAUCAAGCAAGGGUUCGAGCCGCCCACGUUCACCGGCUGGUUCCUGGGCUGGGACCAUGAGUACUGGACCAGCGACCCCCUGGAGCGUGCCAUGGCUGAGCUGGAGCUCUGAACCCUCACCUUUAACCUUGCUGCCUGGCUCUACAACACACACUGAGCAGCUCCUGUCAUGAGACUUUCAAUGGUUGAACCCUUUAUGCCCUGCCAACGUCCUUACCUCUGACUGCCAGUGGGAGGAGGCUUUUUGUAACAAAUAAAAAAAGAUAUAUCGAGAGGGUAGAACAGGCUUUCAUACACCUGUUGAGCUGACACAGAGCACUGGUACACUAUAUUAAUCUCUCCUGAUAAUACUUUAUUAGCUUUUAUACUUAUGCAAAUAAGCAUGUAAGUGACCAAUGAUAAGGGCUUAAAUAGAACCGCAGGCUUAGAUAAGGGAAUCUGCAUGGAUAUUUAAAUAUAUUUUAUGUGUGAGAUAUGCUAUAAAUGUAUUUCUACGAUGUCAACAGACUGUUUCUCGCUAUUCAGAAUCUCACAAUUUCAACAUGAAGAACUUAGCAUAUUACACUGAACAAAAAUAUAAAUGCAGCAUGUAAAGUGUUGGUUCCAUGUUUCAUGAGAAUGAAAUAAAAGAUACCAGAAAUGUUGCAUUCGCACAAAAAGCUGAGGAGUAUUUCAGUCUGUAAUAAAGCCCUUUUGUGGGGAAAAACUCAUUCUGAUUGGCUGUGCCUGGCUCAGUGGGUGGAGCUAUGUGCCUGGCCAAGUGGGUGGAGCUAUGCCCACCCAUGGCUGCACCCCUGCCCAGAAAUCCAUAGAUUAGGGCCUAAUGAAUUUAUUUCAAUUGACAUUCCUUAUAUGAACUGUAACUCAGUCAAAUCUUUGAAAUUGUUGCAUGUUGCGUUUAUAUUUUUGUUCAGUGUACAAUCUUCUGAACCUGAGGCAGGGGGGUAAUGCAGGAAAACACUGCCAGACAUAACCCCACCCAUGUAAUACAACCAUUAUAGCCUUAAUCUAUAAUACUUCAUGUUCAGUAUGAAGUUACUCGUCAAUGCAGCGGUUCUCUGCCAUAAUGGAAAGGAAUGCAGCUGUUCUCUGCCAUAAUGGAAAGGAAUGCAGCUGUUCUCUGCCAUAAUGGAAAGGAAUGCAGCUGUUCUCUGCCAUAAUGGAAAGGAAUGCAGCUGUUCUCUGCCAUAAUGGAAAGGAAUGCAGCUGUUCUCUGCCAUAAUGGAAAGGAAUGCAGCUGUUCUCUGCCAUAAUGGAAAGGAAUGCAGCUGUUCUCUGCCAUAAUGGAAAGGAAUGCAGCUGUUCUCUGCCAUAAUGGAAAGGAAUGCAGCUGUUCUCUGCCAUAAUGGAAAGGAAUGCAGGGGAGAGGGACUGAACCAGGCCAGUUUUGUUUUUAUUUGGUGUGUCACUACAGGAGCACCCUUCAUUUCUUUAUUUUUUAUUUAUUUAUUUAACCUUUAGCUAGGCAAGUCAGUUAAGAAAAAAGUAUUAUUUACAAUGACGGCCUACCCACAACUGUCAAUUGUUUUCCCAGGCCUUAGUGCUUCUAUUCUAGGUGUCUCACUCCUCCUCACUGGUUAGUGCAUGUUGGCCUGUCUCUGUCUGCAGCCUUACAAUGUGGUUCUUCAUCGGGAAUCCAAAGCUUUGCUGCUAUAACUCUCAUUAGCCACCACAUCACACCUGUCAAUUGUUUUCCCCAAUUGUUUCAAUAAAAAACCAACCAAUAAAAUGUCACCAACACUA